AUACAGACCCCCAACUACAUCAUCCACAGUCUUCAUUCAUUUUGUUUUUGUUUUGCUUGGGGGAAAAAAAUAUAGGCUCGCGUGCGCGCAGAGACAGAUUUCCCGGGUUCAUAAUGAUUUGCCGAAGAACAAGAACCCGAUGACGUCGUCACGGGGACGGUUGGUGCUGGUGGUUGAACCGACUCAGUGAAGAAAAGAAAUGGCGAUGCUCGGAGGCUUUAGCGCAGCACCUCACAAGAAGAACGCCUCGGACGGGAGCAACGACGUGUCCGAAUUCGUCUGUCCAGUUUGCCUCGAAAUAUUCGACAGUCCCGUGACAACACAGUGUGGACAUACGUUUUGCCACAGUUGUUUGCAGGAAUGUCUGCGUCCACAGAAGCCCGUUUGUGCUGUAUGUCGAGGUGCUCCGGGCCACUGGACUAAAGCUGCUCAACUCGAGGCACUUAUUCAAUCUUCUGUGGCAGCUUGUAAGGGUUGUGGCACACAGGUUGGGCUUUCUAAGAUGAGAAGCCACACAGCUGCCUGUUCAAAAUACCAGGAGUACAUUGAGGAGGGAGUCAGGACAACUGCCCAGAGUCAGCCUGCCAUCGUCAGUUCAGUGCCAAAUCGCUACACCUUCACCUGCCCCUACUGCAACUGCCAGAACCUCGACCAGGAUGGCCUGGUUGAACAUUGCACAACCCAACAUGCUCGAGAUGCACGCCAAGUGGUGUGCCCCAUCUGUGCCUCGAUGCCUUGGGGGGAUCCUAACUACAGGAGUGCUGACUUUUUCCAGCACCUGAAGAUCAGACACACUUUCUCCUAUGAUACAUUUGUUGAUUAUUCCACAGAUGAGCACACAAUGAUUCAGGAGGCUUUACAGCGCUCCCUUAUGGACCACUGAAGUGUGAAAACAAUCCACCGGUGGAGGGAAUCCAGUGAAAUGAAGGGAUGAUGGUCUUGAAAAGACAAAAACACACAGUGUCAUCAUUCAUCUAGAAUGGGGAUGGUGGUACUGACUUAUGGGUAAUUAUUUUUCAUAGGGAACUGGUAUCGUAACUAUGAAUAUAUAGGUUUAUUAUUCUGAAAAUAAAUCGCGCAAUAUGGUUAAAAAAACAAAAA